AUGUUUACCUAUUUCAUCCUCCUGGGAUUUGGAGAUCUUCACCACCUGCAGAUUCCUCUCUUCAUGCUGUUUCUAGCAGUUUAUGUUGUGACUGUGAUGGGGAAUCUUCUUCUCAUUGUUCUGGUGGUGACUGACCAGCACCUUCAUACUCCCAUGUACUUUUUCCUUGGGAAUUUGUCGUGUUUGGAGAUGUGCUACAGCUCUACCAUUGUGCCUAGGAUAAUGACCACUUUAAUGACAGAUGAUAAAAGAGUUUCCUUCUGCAGUUGUUUGAUGCAAUAUUUCUUCUUUACUCUUUUCUUAGGGGCAGAAAGCCACUUGCUCACUGCCAUGUCUUAUGACAGGUAUUUAGCAAUAUGCAAGCCACUGCACUAUACAACCCUCAUGAGCAUAUCCAUGCGUACUAAACUAGCAACUAUUGCAUGGAUCAAUGGUUUAAUAGCCAGCUUCAUACUGGACUCUCUGAUACUUCAGUUAACCUUCUGCGGGCCCAAUGAAAUUGAUCAUUACUUUUGCGAUAAUGGUCCUGUGAUCAAACUUUCCUGUAAUGACACCAGCCUAGUGGAACUUGCCACAUUAAUUGUAGCAUUUAUUUUCACCUUGCCCCCAUUUCUCCUAUCAUUAGCAUCGUAUGUAUACAUUAUAAUCACCAUCCUCAGAAUCCCUUCCAGCACUGGAAGAAAAAAGGCCUUUUCCACAUGUUCUUCUCACCUGAUUGUGGUUUCUUCAUAUUAUGUGUCCUUAAUUAUUGUUUAUGUGUUGCCACAAACUGAAUGCAUGAGGCGGUUAAACAAAUUCUUGUCUCUCUUGUACACAGUCCUCCCACCUCUGGUUAAUCCUCUGGUCUAUAGCCUGAGAAAUAAAGAAGUAAAGGAGGCUGUAAAGCUAGUUUUCAGAAAGGCUGGGACCUUUUGGGCCAAAUCAGAUUAG